CCAACAUCACAAAAGUAAUAGAUUUAAUCCGUAGUUGAUUAAAGUGACACACAUGGCAUCUAAAUAAGAUAAGACGUCGGUCUAGUAGUAGUUGUUAGCCACCGACGUAAAUAGCUUAAGUGGGCCUCAUGGGCUUUUAGAUACGGAAGGCCCAAUAAUAUAUACCUUUUACCAAAUGGAAAACGAUGUCGUUUGGUAUGUUUCCACCUUUGUUGUUCGUCAUCUUUUUUGUUUUUGGGCGCUCCAGAUUUGAAAUCGUUAGUAAACAAACAAAAACAAAAAGCUCUAAUUUCGAUUUCUCAAGCUGUGCUUUUUUUUGUUCUUCUUCUUCGCAUCGAGGCAUGUACAAUUCGUGGAGACAAGUUUCCCGUUUCAACAAAAAGCUUCUCCGAUGCAGAUUGGGCACGAGAUAAUGAUGACUACCUCUCCACAAACGCAUACAUUGUCUACUUUGGCGGCAGUCCGAUUUCGUGGUCUUCAAAGAAACAAAAGAGUGUAGCCCGAUCUUCCACAGAGGCUGAAUAUCGGGCUGUCGCAAACACGGCCUCUGAACUACGGUGGAUAUGCUCAUUACUCUUUGAAAUGGGAAUUUCCUUGCCAACAGCACCGGUGAUAUACUGUGAUAAUAUGGGAGCCACAUACCUAUGUGCCAAUCCAGUUUUCCAUUCGAGAAUGAAAUAUGUUGCUCUUGACUAUCAUUUUGUUCGUGGGAAUAUUCAGUCUGGCGCACUUCGAGUCUCUUAUGUAUCAACUAAAGAUCAAUUGGCAGACGCACUUACAAAACCGCUACCAAGACCAAGGUUUCAAGAACUCAAUUCCAAGAUUGGAGUCAAGGAAUUGCCUCCAUCUUGAGGGGGUGUAUAAGAUUUUUGGUGUUCAAAGAUGGAUCCAGAUGCAGUGAAAUCGACUCUCUAGAAUCUAGCAUUCGGAAAUGUAAUGGUGGCUGCUGCAAGAAAUUAUCAAAAGGAAGUUCUUGCCAAUGAGAAGGCGCAAGGAUCAAAUCCUGUUAAUGAAGAGGUUGAUCUUGAUGAACUUAUGGAUGAUCCAGAGCUAGAAAGGUUGCACGCAGAUAGGAUUGCAGCACUAAAGAGAGAAGUUGAGAAGAGAGAAGCGUUUAAAAGACAAGGACAUGGUGAAUAUCGAGAGGUAAGCGAAGGAGAUUUCUUGGGUGAAGUCACCAGGAGUGAGAAAGUGAUAUGUCAUUUCUACCAUAAGGAAUUUUACCGGUGCAAGAUUAUGGACGAGCAUCUGAAGACUCUUGCACCUAGACAUGUGGACACAAAGUUCAUUAAAGUGGACGCAGAGAAUGCUCCUUUCUUUGUCACGAAGCUUGCAAUAAAGACGUUGCCUUGCGUUGUGCUUUUCAGCAAGGGAAUCACGAUGGAUAGGCUAGUUGGGUUCCAGGAUCUGGGCACUAAGGACGAUUUCACCACGAAUAAACUAGAGAACGUACUGGUUAAAAAGGGAAUGCUCAGCAAGAAGAAGAAAGAGGAAGAUGAUGAAGACGCCGAAUAUCAAGAGAGCAUACGGCGAUCUGUUAGGUCUUCAGAGAAUCUGGACUCUGAUUCUGACUGAUCAAGCAGUUGAUAUCAAAGAUCUGCCAUUGAUGCUAGUCUCUGUUUUGCCCUUGUUCUCUUUUGUUAUAUGUUUAUUAGAAAAGAAAAUUGCGAUAUGAAAUCCAAACGGUCAAAUGCAACAUUACAUUGUAUCAAGGUAUAUGUAAUACACCAACUUAUUGUCACUGUUUAAUAAACAUUGAUUUAGUUGCU